AUGAAAAGUCAAAACACUACAAAAGCAACAAGAGCAAAGCCAAUGGGACGUUCAUUCUUUCGACUAAACAAAAGCACUAUAAUCUAUCUUGGUCCCAUACCAAGGCCGUCACCACCAUCCUCGUCAUCUGGAACGCCAUUUGAAAUUCCUUACCCAUCACCAUCAAUCAUCGUCUAUAAAAAGCCCACCGCUACUAAAACACCAAAAAAUUCAAUUUCUCUCACCAUUCCUACUGAAACUCCGUGGAAUAUUGGCGGACUUGGCAAGAUUCUACUUUAG